AAAUGAAGCAACAAAAUGGUGAAGCAGGGAUCCGGAGGCACUGAGGAUGCUUUGUUUGCCCUCAGUGAUGACAAUGGUACUCGAAAGUGUGCUCGGGUGUGGAUCCCCGACAUCGAAGAAGUGUGGAAGUCGGCCGAGCUGACCAAGGACUACAAAAAUGGCGACGCCUCUCUGCAGCUCAUGUUGGAGGAUGGAACGAAUCUUGAGCACAAACUGGACCCCAAAACCAAAAACCUGCCCUACCUGCGAAACCCUGACAUCCUGGUGGGCGAGAAUGACCUCACGGCGCUCAGCUACCUCCAUGAGCCGGCAGUGCUGCACAACCUCAAAGUCCGCUUUAUCGACUCCAAGCUCAUCUACACUUAUUGCGGGAUUGUUUUGGUGGCCAUCAACCCGUAUGAGACGCUGCCCAUUUACGGGACAGACAUCAUCAAUGCGUACAGCGGUCAGAACAUGGGCGACAUGGACCCACACAUCUUUGCUGUAGCGGAGGAAGCUUACAAACAGAUGGCGAGGGAUGAGAGGAACCAGUCCAUCAUCGUGAGCGGCGAGUCUGGGGCAGGGAAGACCGUAUCAGCCAAGUACGCCAUGAGAUACUUUGCCACGGUCAGCGGCUCAGCCAGCGAGGCCAACGUCGAGGAGAAAGUCUUAGCUUCCAACCCCAUCAUGGAGGCUAUCGGAAACGCAAAGACAACUCGGAACGACAACAGCAGUCGCUUUGGGAAGUACAUUGAGAUCGGCUUCGACAACCGCUACCGAAUCAUCGGCGCCAACAUGAGGACAUAUCUGCUAGAAAAGUCCAGAGUGGUCUUUCAGGCGGACGAGGAGAGGAAUUAUCAUAUCUUUUAUCAGCUCUGCGCAUCAUCGCAUCUGCCGGAGUUCAAAAACCUCAAACUGAGUAACGCAAACGACUUCCUGUACACCCGGCAGGGCUGCAGCCCCAUUAUCGACGGGGUGGAUGACACCAAGGAGCUGUGCACCACCCGACACGCCUUCUCCUUGCUCGGGAUCAACGAAACCCAUCAGAUGGGACUGUUUCAAGUUCUGGCUGCUAUUCUUCAUCUGGGAAAUGUGGAGAUCAAAGACAAAGAUUCCGAUAGCAGCUUCAUUCCUCCCAACAAUCAUCACUUGAGCAAGUUCUGCGAGCUAGUGGGCGUGACCUACGAGGACAUGGCUCAGUGGCUGUGCCAUCGGAAGUUGAAGACGGCCUCCGAAACCUACAUCAAGACCCUCCCCCGGCUGCAGGCCACCAAUGCCCGCGACGCCCUGUCCAAGCAUAUCUACGCCAAGCUCUUCAACUGGAUCGUGGAGCACGUCAACAAGGCGCUCGUCACCAAUAUCAAACAGCACUCCUUCAUCGGCGUGCUCGACAUUUACGGGUUUGAGACGUUUGAAAUCAACAGCUUCGAGCAGUUCUGCAUCAACUAUGCCAAUGAGAAGCUGCAGCAGCAAUUCAACAUGCACGUGUUCAAGCUUGAGCAGGAGGAGUACAUGAAGGAGCAGAUCCCCUGGACUCUGAUUGACUUCUACGACAAUCAGCCCUGCAUCAACCUCAUCGAAGCCAAGAUGGGCGUCCUGGACCUGCUGGAUGAAGAGUGUAGGAUGCCAAAAGGCUCGGAUGAUUCCUGGGCUCAGAAGUUGUACAACACCCACCUGAAGACGUGUUCCCUUUUUGAGAAGCCGCGCAUGUCCAACCGCGCGUUCAUCAUCCAACAUUUUGCAGAUAAGGUUGAAUAUCAAUGCGAAGGUUUCCUGGAGAAGAACAAGGACACGGUGAAUGAAGAACAGAUCAAGGUGCUCAAGGCCAGCAAGUUUGACCUGCUGGUGGAGCUGUUCCAGGAUGAGGGGAAAGUCACCAGCCCGACGGGUCAGACCCCCGGGACUGGAGGCAGGACCCGUCUCAGCGUCAAACCUGACAAGAACCGCGACAACAGCAGCAAGGAGCACAAGAAGACCGUCGGUUGCCAGUUCCGUAACUCCCUUCAAAUGCUCAUGGAAACCUUGAACGCCACCACUCCGCACUACGUCCGCUGUAUCAAACCCAAUGACUUUAAGAUGGCUUUCUCGUUUGAUCCGAAACGUGCGGUGCAGCAACUGAGAGCUUGUGGCGUCCUGGAGACGAUCCGCAUCUCUGCUGCCGGUUUCCCGUCCAGAUGGACAUACCAGGAGUUCUUCAGCCGGUACAGAGUGCUAAUGAAGCAGAAAGAUGUUCUCUCUGACAAGAAGUUGACAUGCAAGAACGUUCUGGAAAAGCUCGUGGAGGAUCAGGAUAAGUAUCAGUUUGGCAAGACCAAGAUCUUCUUCCGGGCCGGCCAGGUGGCCUACCUGGAAAAGCUGAGAGCCGACAAGCUGCGCGCCGCCUGCAUCCGCAUUCAGAAAACCAUCCGCUGCUGGCUGGCGCGCAAGAAGUACCUGCGCAUGCGCGACGCGGCCAUCACCAUCCAGAGGUUCACCAGAGGAUACCAGGCUCGCUGCUUGGCAAAGUUCAUGCGUCGCACGCAGGCCGCCAUCAUCAUCCAGAAGCACCAGAAAAUGUACGUGGCGAGGAAACGUUACCGGCAGAAGCAGGCGGCUGCCUUGGCCAUACAGACUAUCCUCAGAGCUUACAUGGCCCGCCAGAAGUACAAAGCGCUUCUGCGCCAGCACAAGGCGGUGAUCAUCCAGAAGCACGCCCGCGGCUGGCUGGCUCGACGCUGGUACAAGCGCUGCCUGAGCUCCAUCGUGUACCUGCAGUGCUGCAUCCGCAGAAUGAAGGCCAGGCGCGAGCUGAAGAAGCUGAAAAUCGAAGCCCGCUCGGUGGAGCACUUCAAGAAGCUCAACAAGGGCAUGGAGAACAAGAUCAUGCAGCUCCAGAGGAAGAUCGACGAGCAGAGCAAGGAGAACAAGUCGGUCAACGAAAGACUCGCAGGCUUGGAGAACACCUACGCUACGGAGAGCGAGCGGCUCCGCGGGGAGCUGGGUCGCCUGCGAGGCGUGGAGGAGGACGCCAGGAGCAAAGGCAACCAGGUCAACUGUCUCCUGGAGGAGCUGGAGAAGCUGAAGAAGGAGCUGAGGACCACCCAGCAGGAGAAGAAGACCAUCGAGGACUGGGCGCAGUCGUACAAGGGCCAAAUGGAGAAAAUGGUAUCAGAACUGAAGGACCAGAACGGCUUGCUGAAGAAAGAGAAAGACGACUUGAACAGGUUGAUUCAGGAACAGAAUCAGCAGAUGACAGAGAAAAUGGCACGUGCGAUUGUAGCGGAGACUCAACAGCUGGAGACCGAUCUCAACGAGGAGCGCUCUCGCUACCAGAAUCUCCUGACCGAACACCUUCGCCUCGAGGAGAAAUACGACGACCUCAAAGAGCACUUUUCCAAGACUGGCCACAGGAGAACGGAUUCCACCCACAGCAGCAACGAGUCAGAGUACACCUACAAGUCAGAGUUCGCCGAAUCGGAAGAAGGUUCCCUUGCCGCAGAAGAUUUGACUCGAGGAAUGGAUACCUCGCUCACGCUCAAACUGCAGAAGCGACUCACAGAGCUGGAGCAAGAAAAGCAGUCGCUGCGCAAUGAGCUGGAGAACAAGGAAGAGCAGUUUCAGAGGGCCCGAGCCAGGGAUGAAUCCGAGUUCAAAAAGGCGCGCGGGGCAGAGUUGGAGUACGAGUCCCUCAAGCGUCAGGAACUGGAGUCGGAGAACAAGAAGCUGAAGCACGACCUGGCCGAGAUGAGGAAAAGCCUGCUGGGUAGCGCGGCAUCGAGCGCCGGCGCGCCGGGCUCUCCGGCCUACAAGGUUCUCCUGGAUCAGCUCAACUCCUCCUGCGAGGAGCUGGAGGUGCGCAAGGAGGAGGUGCUGAUUCUGCGCUCGCAGCUGGUCAGCCAAAAAGAAGCCAUGCAGCACAAGGAGACGAUGACAGAAGUGGCCGUCCACGUGGAGGACAUUUCCAAACUGAAGGACGCUGAUGAACUCAAACAAGCCUACAUCGGCCUCAAAGACACUAACAGAUCGACUGCUCCAGACUUCCAAAAGCUGAAUGAAGACGGGGAGCUGUGGCUGGUUAAUGAGGGCUUAAAGGAGACCGUCAGGCUCCUGGAGCACCAGCUGCAGACCCAGCGACGGAGUUACGACAGCGAGGUGGAAUCACUGCGCGGCGAGCUGCAGAACGUCAAGGAGGAAAACAACCGGCAGCAGCAGCUCCUGGCACAGAACCUCCAGCUGCCUCCGGAGGCCCGCAUCGAAGCCAGUCUGCAGCAUGAGAUCACCCGGCUCACCAACGAGAACCUGGAGCAGGCGGCCAACGACCCUACAGCAUCCCGAGAGGCGCGAGUCAUCAUUUUACGCCGGAUGGUUGAUCUCAUGGAGCAGCUGGAGAAGCAGGACCGAACCAUUCGCAAACUCAAGAAGCAGCUGAAGGUUUACUCCAAGAGGAUCGGCGAGAUGGGAGCCGGUCAAGCGGAGGGUCAGACGUCGCCGGGACAGACGGUGGACGAGCCCAUCCGCCCAGUCAACAUUCCUCGCCGGGAAAAAGACUUCCAGGGUAUGCUGGAGUACAAGAAGGAGGACGAGCUAAAACUGGUCAAGAACUUGAUCCUCGAGCUAAAACCUCGCGGCGUGGCCGUCAACCUGAUCCCGGGUCUCCCCGCCUACAUCCUUUUUAUGUGUAUUCGCCAUGCCGAUUAUGUCAAUGAUGACCAGAAGGUGCGCACGCUGCUCACCUCAACCAUCAACAGCAUCAAGAAGAUCCUUAAGAAACGAGGAGAUGACUUUGAGACGGUCUCGUUCUGGCUGGCCAACACCUGCCGCUUCUUGCAUUGCCUCAAGCAGUACAGUGGAGAUGAUGUCUUCAUGAAGCACAACACUUCCCGGCAGAACGAGCACUGUCUGUCCAACUUUGACCUGACUGAGUACAGAUCGGUGAUCAGCGACCUGGCCAUCCAGAUUUACCAGCAGCUCAUCAAAUGCAUGGAGAACACACUUCAGCCCAUGAUAGUGUCCGGCAUGCUGGAGCACGAGACCAUCCAGGGGGUGUCGGGCGUGAAGCCGACGGGCCUGCGCAAGCGAACCUCCAGCAUCGCCGACGAGGGCACGUACACGCUGGACUCCAUCUUGCGCCAGCUCAAUGCUUUCCACUCCACCAUGUGCCAGCACGGCACCGACCCCGAGCUCAUCAAACAGGUGGUCAAGCAGCAGUUCUACGUCAUCGGCGCCGUCACCCUCAACAACCUGCUGCUGCGCAAGGACAUGUGCUCCUGGAGCAAAGGCAUGCAGAUCAGGUACAAUGUGAGCCAACUGGAGGAGUGGUUGCGUGACAAAGGUUUGAUGAAUUGUGGAGCCAAGGAGACUCUUGAGCCUCUCAUCCAAGCCGCUCAGCUGCUGCAGGUCAAGAAGAAGACGGAUGAGGAUGCCGAAGCCAUCUGCUCCAUGUGCCUGGCCCUCACCACCGCACAGAUUGUGAAGGUCCUGAACCUCUACACCCCAGUCAAUGAGUUUGAAGAGAGGGUGUCCGUUUCAUUCAUCCGAACCAUACAGACUCGUUUGCGGGAUCGCUGCGAGAGUCCACAGCUGCUGAUGGACACCAAGAUGAUCUACCCGAUCACCUUCCCCUUCAAUCCGUCCUCCCUCGCCCUGGAGACCAUUCAGAUCCCCAGCUCGCUCAACCUGGCCUUCCUCACCCGCGUCUAAGCCGGGGUGGAGGAGGGGAUAGUCAUCACCUUCUGUUU